AUGAGCACCGCUAUCAAUGUGGUCCAGGGCCUCGCCAAGAUCUUCGAAUUGCGAGAAGCCAUUCGCCACCAACGCAGAGUCAAUAGGCAAACGUACCUACAACUGACCGAGAUCCACGUCGAACUGCAACUGUUGGAGCGCAAAGGACCCCUUCAAGACAACGCCGUUCUACGACGCAAUACCACCGUCAAGAAGUUCGCUCUUGCGGUGCACAAUUUCUCACAAUAUCUUCAAACUUACAACGACUUGAACCGCUUCCUCCGGUUUUUCAAGCGCAGCGAGAUGGAGAAUGAACGUCAACUCAUCGUCGCGGAGAUCGACCAGCUCUUCCGGAUGCUCGGCCUCGCCACUUCCGUGACGGUCAUGAACGGAAACGCGUCAGCUGCUAAGAACGCCGCCAAGUACAGGCUGCCCUGCUGCAGCUGGUGGAGAAGCGAAAGAACGACGAGGUAG